UUUAAUGUGUUGGCAAUACUGGAUAUUUGAAUGCGUUCGAACAUAAAAAUAUGGCGGCUGUAAACGCUUAGGACGAUUUCUCUUGUCGCACCUUAACUAGUAAUUAAUAAGUUUUUCUUAAUUAUGCAGUGUAUCAUACAAGAUGGGAAUCGAAAAAUACGAAUGUGAUAUUGCUCAUGUUUUACAAAAUGGUGACUUUACUGUAUUGGAAAAAUUAUCAUCAUUUUGUUGCGAAUUUGAAAAACACGUCGUUUCGAAGAUAGAGAAUGCAACGGCUGGUAAAAAUGAAUAUUCACAAAUAAAGGAAACAAAUUUGAUCAAAAUGUCAGAGUUACAGAAACAAUUGGAAACAUUAAAGUCUGAAAUAGAUGAUAUAAUGUUGAAUCAGAAAAUUGUAGAUAAAAAGAUCAGUAAUAUGAUCAAACAAGAAGAAAUAUUACAAAAAGACAUAGCAGAAGUCAAGGCGUAUAGAGACAGUUUAUCUCUGGAAUUGGUUGACUUAAAACAAGAGGUACAGGAAAGAAAAGAGAAAAAACGCAAGGAUUGGGAUGCUAUUAAGAGAGCUACAAAUAUUUACAAAUGUAAUUUGAAUUUUGGUAUCAAUAUAGAAGAUAAAGAAGAUUAUGACGAAGUGAAGGUAUCAUUUUUUAAAAACAACGAACAUACAAAGGAUAAAUAUUAUGUGCAUUUGAUUAAAGAAGACGAAUUGUGGAAAGUCAAGGAAAUACAGCCUACACUUAAAAAAGAACAUAUGAUCGAUUUAAAAGGCACUGUCGACUUUACUAGGCAAUCACAAGUCUCCAACAUCACUGCAUUUCUGUGUCUUUUAAGGAUUGUCUUUUUAAAGUAUUAUAUGGACGGAAGCUAGAAAUAUCAAUUGUACAUUAAAUGCUUUUAUUAUAAUACUAGUAUUAUACUAGUAAUGACAAUAAUUAAAGGAUAAGUAUACUUUUAUAGUAUGGAAGAUAGAAAUUAGAAGAGUAAAGUCUUUAUUAAUAAAAAUUAAAGUAUCUAAAACG